UUACAGCGGAGACUCUGCACCUGUACCGGAGAGGAGAGGGCAAGGACGCGCGAGACAGUCCCGGUGCUUCUCUCUCUCUCUCUCUCUCUCUCACACACACGCACGUACGCACACACACACACACGCACACAGACAGAGACGCAUACACGCGUGCGCACGCUACCGGUCCCGAAGCCGGUUGCAGAAAAAAAAAGAAAGAGAAAAAAAAAAAAAAGCUCAUCCAGGUGCUGCUGAUUCUGAUUUUAAUUUCCACUUCGGGAGAAAAGCAAGGAAUUUAAAUUAAAAAAAAAAAAAAAAAGAAAAAAAAAAGAAAAAGAAAGAAAUGCGCGCGCUGUCGGUGGGUCUGUGCCUCGCGCUGCUGGUGCUGCUGCCGGUGCGCGCGUGCGGUCCGGGCCGCGGUUACGGCCGGCGGAAGCACCCGAAGAAGCUGACUCCGCUCGCGUACAAGCAGUUCAUCCCCAACGUGGCGGAGAAGACGCUGGGCGCGAGCGGGCGCUACGAGGGCAAGAUCACGCGCAACUCGGAGCGCUUCAAGGAGCUCACGCCCAACUACAACCCGGACAUCAUCUUCAAGGACGAGGAGAACACCGGGGCCGACCGGCUCAUGACCCAGAGAUGCAAAGACAAGCUGAACUCGCUGGCGAUCUCGGUGAUGAACCAGUGGCCGGGGGUUAAGCUGCGCGUGACCGAAGGAUGGGACGAAGACGGCCACCAUUUUGAGGAGUCGCUUCACUACGAGGGCCGAGCCGUGGACAUCACCACGUCCGACCGAGACAAAAGCAAAUACGGCACGCUGUCUCGCUUAGCCGUGGAGGCCGGCUUCGACUGGGUGUACUACGAGUCCAAAGCGCACAUCCACUGCUCCGUUAAAGCAGAGAACUCUGUGGCAGCGAAGUCGGGUGGCUGUUUUCCCGGCUCGGCUCGCGUCCGCCUGAAGGAUGGAGCGAUGAAGGAGGUGAAGGACCUGAACGUGGGAGACGAGGUCCUGGCAGCGGACGAGUUCGGGAACCUCGUCUACAGCGAGUUUAUCAUGUUCGCCGACCGCAACGGCGCCAGGAGACGAGCGUUCCGCAUCAUCGAGACCCGGAACCCGCCGACGAGGAUCGUCCUCACCGCCGCGCACCUGCUCUUCAUCGUCCAGAACUCCACGCUGACUGAGACGUUCGCCAGCGACGUCACACCGGGACAGGAAGUGAUGAUACUGGACGAGGGAGGACGCCAUCUUCGUGCGGUCACGGUGGACCGGAUUUACGAAGAAGAACGUGAGGGAUCCUUUGCGCCGCUGACUGGUCACGGCACCAUCGUGGUGGACGACGUCCUCGCUUCCUGUUACGCCGCCAUACAGAACCAGAAGCUGGCGCACUUAGCGUUCACGCCCGUCCGCUUCGUCCACAAGGUGGCGCCGUUUUUGUUCGCCGGAUCAGUCCAGAAUGACGGCGUGCACUGGUACUCUGACUUCCUGUAUCGAAUCGGGACACGGAUUUUAGGCGAAGCUGCUUUUCAUCCGCUCAGCAUGGAGGACAAGAGCUGAAAGACAAAAUGUCCAUAUAUAUACAUAUAUAAAUAUAUCAAAGACUAAUGUAGGAUACAAGACAAUAUUAGAAUAUAAAUAAAAAGAGACAAACGGGCCCCCCUUUCUGGAAGAGGAAAAAGAGGAGGGAUAUUUAUUAUUUUACAGACACCAUCUCAAAAAAAAAAAAGAAAAAAGGAAAAAAAGAAAGAAAUGGAGCCUUAAAAGUGUCCUGAAUAAUUUAUUCACACGUGAACUUGGGCUGCUGAUCUCUCUCUCUCUCUCUCUAUCUCUCUAUCUCUCACUCUCUAUCUCUCUCUAUCUAUCUCUCUGUCUCUAUCACACACAUACAUAUAUACAGGAUUGUGUUUCAGCAUGUGUGUGUGCAGAAUCUAUUUUUGUAUACUUCAAGAAAGAAAGAAAAAUGAACGAAAAAUGUUCUGUGCUACUAAGGCAUGUGCCGAUUGCGAUUUCUUAACUUUUUCUUCUUACAGGCAUCAACAAGGGGGGCGGAGCUUAACUUAAACAUUGUGUAACUGAAGCUAGCCGCCAUGUCCGCUUACGAUCAGCUAGCUAUCAUCGGACUAACUUUAAUCGCGUCUAUUAAAGCUAGUAUUUUGCGUCCAAGCAGUACGACGAGCUGAAAAAGCGAAAAAGAAAAACGAACGAUGUCACAUGACGUCUCGAAUUUAACUUAAGCCCCGCCCUUUUUGGACAAGUUACUUCAGUCAAAAUCGGUGUUCGCAUUCAAAUUUCUCGAAAAUAAAAGACUAAAAUGCUGCCUCUUUAACAGGACAAAAAAAAACGGCCUCGUCCCAAAUAGUGACGUUAUUUUUAAACGUUAUUUUAUCGGCACAUGCCUACGUGCGUCUGACUGACUGACUGUUAUAUAUAUUUUUCGGGAUUGGGGGGGUCCAUAAAUUAUAUUUUUCUACACAGAAUUGUAAAUUAGAUUUUGACUGUUCGAUCGUUGCCGAAUCACUUGAAAUAGUGUAAAUUAUGAGAAUAUAUUUUAAUUUAAAUAGUCACAGAGUUUCUUCUUGCUAUUAUCCUUCUUAUUAUUUUUAUUAUUAUUAUUAUUAUUUUUACUAUUAUCAUCAUUAUUUUUUCAUCAUUUUUGUCUCAUGUCCAGUUUGACUUUUUUUUUCUCUUGUCGUUGCUCUUUUUCGGAAAACAGAACUGCACAUUUUGAACAUUUCACUCUCCUAACCGCAGAGUUACAGACUAAUUAAUACGUAACUCCUGUAAAUUUACUAAAAUGUAUUUUUUUUUUCCUCCAUUUUUUUUGUAAUAGGUGAAUAGUUUUAUAGGAAUAAAAAUGUAGCAGAUAUGCACAGGCUCAAUGUGUCAGGAAAUGUAUAGAGAUGAUUAUUUAUAUGUUUAUAUUAUAAAAAAAUGUGACAAAGAAAAGAUGUGUGUUUCUGGAGUUUAUUUAUUUUCCUCUUUUUUCAAUAUAGCUAAAUGAGUUACGAUCAUUCUGUAUUUUAAAAAGUGCUACAACUGUAUUACAGCACACACUGAUACAGCUCGGUCACCGCACCUCCUGUACACAUACACACCGAGUGAUGGAUGGACUGAUAGGAUUAGGUGAACAGAUGGAUGGACAGAUACAUUCCAGUGAUCACAGAUAAGUUAAAUUCAUUUGGAUGGAUGGAUGGAAAGAUUAUGCAUAGCCGGUUGGAUGGAGAGAUAGAAUUCAUUGGAUAGAUAGAUGGAUAGUUGGUUGAAUGGAGAGAUAGAAUGGGUUGGAUGGAUAGAUGGAUGGAUUGUGGAUAGCCGGUUGAAUGGAGAGAUAGAAUGUGGAUUGAUUGGAUGGAUAGAUGGAUGGAUGGAUGGAUGGAUGGAAGGAUGGACGUACAGACAGACUGUUUAAUGGAUAGAAAGAUGAAUGGAUUGUAGAUAGACUGCUGGCUGGCUGGCUGGCUGGACGGAUGGAUGGCUGGAUGGAUGGAUGGAUAGAUUUUGGAUUGACUGUUGGAUGGAUGGAUGUAUUAUGGAUAUGAAUGGAUGGGUAGAUUAUGGACAGACUGUUAGAUGAAGGGAUGAAUGGAUAGACUGUUGGAUGGGUGAAUCAAUGGAUGGAUAUAUUAUGGAUAGUCUGAUGGAUAGAUGGCUUCUUCUAAGAUGGAUAGAUGGAUGGGCAUAAUAGAGAGUGCUGGACAGAGGG